AAACUUCAGUAAGUGAAACUUACGUAGGGUGUGUCGCUGUAGUUUGAUUUGCAGGCUCUGUAAUCCAGAUUUCCCCAUGUGAAGGCCUGUCGGAGUAUCAGAUCCCCGUGACUACUUAAGCAGCAGUGAUGGGGGAGUUCAAGGUUCACCGUGUCCGUUUCUUCAACUAUGUCCCAUCUGGAAUUCGCUGCAUGUCUUAUAACAGUCACACAGACCAGCUGGCUGUGGCACGUCUUGAUGGAUCUGUGGAGAUUUUUAGCUUCUCCAGUAACUGCUUCCAGGAAAAGGUGAUUCCGGGAAAUGAGGAGCGAUCAACAGAAAGCAUCUGUUGGGUCAACCAUAACCGUCUCUUCACAGUUGGGCUGAAUGGUGAAGUUGUAGAAUAUGACCUCGAGAGGCUCUGUCCAAAGUACAGCACCAAUGCCUUUGGCGGGCCCCUGUGGUGUGUGGCGCCAAACUCUACCGGCACCCAUCUGGCGAUUGGUUGUGAAGAUGGCACUGUUAAAGUGUUCCAAGUGAUUCCUGAAGGGAUCCAGUUUGAGAAGAACUUGGACCGUCAGAAAGAUCGCAUUAUUUGUCUGUCUUGGCACCGUUCGGGAACACAAAUAGCUGCUGGUUCUGUGGAUGUGAUUCGUAUUUUUGAUGUUACAUCAGGUCGUGCAGUGCAGCGGAUUGUUGUGGACAGACGAAUAAUUAAGUCGUACAACACAAAACAAGAAUGCCUGGUUUGGAGCCUACACUUCCUGACCUGUCACAUGAUCGUGAGUGCAGACUCCUCUGGAAAAGUUCAGUUCUGGGACUCAAAGAAUGGAACCUUGGUCCAGAGUCAAAUAGUUACAAAUUCUGACAUACUGGCUCUUGCUGUUGCUGAGAGUGAAGAUAGCAUGGUGAUUGGUACAGCAGAGGGGACUAUUUUCCAGUUUCAGUUGCUUCCAUUGAAACUAGGUGGAAAGGAGGCACAGUGGGUGAUGACAAAACCAUUUAAGUACCACACUCAUGAUGUCCGAGCAGUCGGUCACAGCAAGACUGCCCUUUUCUCAGGAGGCAUGGAUACUCAUCUUGCAAUUCGUCCUCUUAUGGAGAAAGUACAGAGCAAGUCAUACGAUGCGGCUUUCAGAAAGAUUUCCUUUCCACAUCGUCGCUUUGUUUCCUGUGCCAAGAAGGCUAAGCUACUUCUGUUUCAGUUCCCAGAUCACCUGGAGUUGUGGAGACUUGGUAGCACAGAUGUCACAGGAAAGUCAGGUGAUGUUCUGCCCAUCUCCAAGAGACAGGAACACCUAUUGCAACUCAAGAGAAAGGGUCAUGAUCACAUCUGCUGUAGUGCUGUCUCACCUUGCGGUGAAUGGAUCGCCUACGCCACAGUUUCCAGGCUUUGUCUGUAUCGAGUAGAGUAUGAAGGUGAUACUGUCAAUGUUAACAAGAUUUCCAAAAUCCCAAACAUACAGCAGACUGCCCAUCAUCUUUUAUUUUCUAGUGAUUCCAAAAAGCUCUUUAUAGGAUCAGAUCAGGCAGCCAUCCAUGUUGUUCGACUGUCAACGUCCGCAUGUAAAUAUUUACACACACUGAAACCCAAGUCAGAUAUUGCAGAAGCAACCUGUCUGCUCAGCUCAAGUACAGAUGGCACGUGGUUGGCUGCAGCUAAUCAGAGUCAUAAAAUUGAUAUUUACAACUUAAAAGAGGCUAAACAUCACUGUACUGUUCCUGCAUACAGCUGUCCACCUACAUCAAUGGCAAUACAUCCAGUGACCAAUGACCUGGUCAUUGCUUACUCUGAUCAACAGAUUUUUGAGUUCAGCAUCCAAGAAAACCAGUAUACAGCCUGGAGCAGGCAGUUACAACAGCAUGGUUUGCACAAAGACUGGAUUGAGCGGGACACACCCAUAACACAUCUGAACUUUAACCCAGCAAAGCCCAACCAAAUUUUACUGCAUGAUACAUACAUGCUGUGCAUUAUUGACAAGACAUUGCCUCUACCAGAUGAUAAAACCCCAUUCUAUAACCAAGAGGCACUGAAGCAGCUUUCUGAGAAAAACAGGAGGAAGGUGGCCCAUGCCUUCAAGAUUUGCAAAAAGUUCCAGCCUCUCCUUUAUGCAGACUUGCUGGACAAUGAUUCAAUAGUGGUCGUAGAGCGCCCCCUGAUGGACAUCUAUGCACAGUUGCCUCCACCGGUCAGACAGAAGAAGUUUGGUACAUGAAAGAAAAAAUGCUUAGACUUCCUGCUGUGCAUUUAUAUUAUACACUGUGUGUAAUGUUAUCUGCAACAAAAUAAAACAAUUUUUCGUA